AUGGGUGGUUUAUUCAUCAGUUUAAGGAGAUCACAUACAAUUAGUGUUCUUGUAACAAUCAUGUUUUUAACAUUAUUUUUUGAGAAUCCUACUGUUGAUGCUGCUGAAAUGAAGACAUACAAUUGGGAAGUCGCAUAUAUGAAAUGGUCACCAGAUUGUGUUGAAAAUACUGUUAUAGGUAUAAAUGGUCAGUUUCCUGGUCCAGAAAUAAGGGCUAAAGCUGGUGACACCAUUGUUGUUAACCUUAGCAACAAACUUAACACAAAGGAAGGUCUUGUCAUUCACUGGCAUGGUAUCAGACAGCUUGAUACACCAUGGGCAGAUGGAACUGCUUCCGUCUCACAGUGUGCCAUCAACCCAGGAGCGACUUUUCAAUACAGGUUCAUAGUUGACAGGGCGGGGACAUAUUUCUACCACGGACACUACGAAAUGCAAAGAGCAGCUGGGUUAUACGGAUCCUUAAUCGUUGACGUUGCAGAUGGUAAGAUAGAACCUUUCCCUUAUCAUGGUGAAAUAAACCUAUUAUUAAGUGAUUGGUGGCAUCAAAGUGCUCAUGAUCAAGAAGUUGCUCUGUCAUCCAAUCCCUUCCGGUGGAUCGGUGAGCCACAGUCUAUUUUGAUCAACGGGAGAGGACAGUACAACUGUUCUAUUGCUGCCAAGUACGAUAAUACAACAAAUUAUUGUAAUAUAUACGGUCGACCAUCUGAUCAAUGCGAACCAUAUGCUCUAACUGUCGAACCAAGUAAGUUUUACAGACUGAGGAUUGCAAGCACUACUUCACUAGCCUCCCUUAAUUUGGUCAUCGCGAAUCACAGGAUGAUAUUGGUGGAAGCUGACGGGAAUUACCUUCAACCGAAAUAUGUUACCAACCUCGACAUUUAUUCAGGGGAAUCGUACUCCGUUAUUCUUAACACGGGUCAAGAUCCGUCAGUGAACUACUGGGUUUCGCUAAGUCAAAGAGGAAGAAAACCUCCUUUUCCUCCACCAGCACUUACAAUCUUAAACUACAAGCCAAAUUCAGUUUUUGAUGUAAUGCCUUCUUCUCCACCACCUCUGUCUCCUGCAUGGGAUGAUUUAGCUCAAAGUAGAAAUUUCACCAACAAAGUAUUGGGUUUACAAGUUGACGGAAUUUCGCUCCAGCCCCACCCAUCAGCAAUACCCAGACCCCCAGUUCGUCAUGACCGCAGGAUCUUUCUCUUAAAUACCCAAAUCAAGAUUGAUGGCUAUGUCAAAUGGUCUGUAAACAAUAUCUCUUUAGUUCUACCAACAACGCCAUAUCUAGGGUCACUCAAGUUUGGAUUGAAAAAUGGUUUCAAUGCUACGACACCACCAGAGACUUUCCCCUCCACUUACGAUAUAACGAAACCACCUGCCAACCCAAAUUCCACGUACGGAAGUGGUGUUUAUAAUUUUAAACACAUGGAAAUUGUUGAUGUAAUUCUCCAAAAUGCUAAUGCAUUGGGAGAGGGUGUGAGUGAGAUUCAUCCAUGGCAUUUGCACGGACAUGAUUUUUGGGUCUUGGGUUACGGAGAUGGGAAAUUUUCAGAAGAAAAUGAUGAGAAAAAUUUGAAUUUGGUGAACCCACCAUUGAGAAAUACUGUAGUUGUUUUCCCUUAUGGAUGGACAGCCAUAAGAUUCAUUGCUGAUAAUCCAGGUGUUUGGCCAUUUCAUUGUCACAUUGAACCGCAUUUACACAUGGGUAUGGGUGUUAUUUUUGCUGUUGCUGCAGACAAGAUCAAGCAGAUACCUAAUGGAGUUUUAGAUUGUGGGCUGACAGCAACCACAGCACCAACUAUAAGCAACAACGCAGUCGGUCCCCUUGUGCGCCUAAACAUAUUUCAUUAUGUAGUACAUGUUGCAUUGCUAGUGAUUUCAAUUCCCUGCAUUAAAUUCUUUUAG